UCAUUCAUAUACAAGUAUCAGACCCGGUCGGAGUGUUUUUACCCCUAAAAAAAAGUGAAAAAAGCAGAACAGAAAAAAUAAACCGUAAUUUUGACGUCGUUAUAAAUUGAAAUUUGAAAUCAUUUCGUCAUUAACAUUUUUUUCCCGUUUAAUUCAAACGUGUGGCGCUAAGUAAUAAAAAGUUUAUUAUACAAAAUAUUAUUAUAAUUAAUAAUAAAAAUUAAUAAAAAAAAACACACACACAAAACAAAAAUACAUUUUAAACAAAACAAAUAGACGUGUUUUUAUUACAAUUUAAUUAAUACGCGUGUGAGUGAUUUUAAAGAAAAACUAAUUUAAUUUGCGUUUAAUUUAUGACUCUGCUGCCGUCAGUUAAUAUAAAAAAUUUAAUUUUUAUUUAUUAAAAAAUAUACAUAUUUAAAUAAGCUGUUCUAAUAAAUGAUUCUAAACAGUUGGUAAUGCAGUAACAAACUGAAAACAUUAACAAAUUUGACUACAAAUAAAACACUAUAACUAAAAUCUGUACAAACAGUGUCUAACAAAAAAAUCUAUGAUUUUUCAUAGACAAAGGACAAAAGAGAAAUUUUUAAUGUUACCCAAAAGAUAGUGAAAAAAGAAAAAUCUAUAUAAUUAAAAUAAAAACAACAAUAAGAAAAUCAAUUAAACUAUUAAUUAAAGAUCAAAAUUAAUUUCCCAAAAAAAAAAACGCUCGAAAAUACUCAAAUAAUUAAACAAAAAUAUUAAAAAAAAGAAAAACUAAAUUUAUAAACAAACAAUGGCCAAAUAUUUAAUUACCUUUGUAUUAUUAGCCUUUUUGGCUUUGGAAAACAAUCACAUCUACAAUCGUUUACAUGCCAAAUCUCAUCCCAGUGUUAGCAACACCAAUACAGUGACACAUUUUAUGCGUCAACAUCAGUACCGUCAUCAGAGCAACGCCAACGUACAUCAUAAACUUAAUCCCACCCAUGAACAGCAUCAGACGCAUCAUGCCCGCAAACAUAUCAAACAAUAUAAGAAACAAAAUUUCGAUAAUGGUCAGGAAGAAGAUGAAACGGUGCAGGAUUCGAGGCGACAAAUGGAACGCAUUAAACGUCAUAUGGAACAGCAGCGCCAGCAUCGUCUAGAACAUAACAAACGUUUGCAACAGCGUUCACAGAGACCCGUCUACAGUGCCGAGACUUUAAAGACCAUGCCACGCAUUUGGCAACAUCUAUCUAUGGUUUAUGACUAUGAUUAUGCCGAUGAAAAGGAUCGUAUGUAUGGUGACGGUCCCAUGGAUGGUGACCCCGAGGAGGUGGAGGAGGAGAAGGAUAUAGUUUUGCAGACUGAUGAAAGUAAUAUUAAAGUAGAAAUACCACUAACCGUAGCCGAAGCCGAGGUAAAAGACUCAAAUAGUAAGCCAGCAGAAAUAGAGAAUCAAAAACACAAUAAUACCGCUGCGGUACGUUGUCCAAAAUGUGAGAGUAGCCGCAAGGUGGAACAUGUUACCGAGGAAGAACUCACCCGUUUGCGUAUUGAGUUUGUUAAGCAGCAAAUUUUAGAGAAAUUAAGACUCAAAGAACGUCCCAAUGUUUCGGCCGUCGGUUUGCCCAAACCUUUAUAUGAGGGCGUAACCAUUGAGCAGGAAGAGGAUGCCACAGUUAAUAAGGAUUUAGAUGAUUACUAUGCAAGAACGAGUAAAAAGUUUAUCUUUUUAGAAGUUGAAAAGCAUGAAUGUCGCAAAUUGGGUUCUCAGCCCUCUAUGUGUUUCUCGUUCAAAAUCGAUGAUGCCGAUGCUGAUGGCUAUGAUGUUAGCACAGCCGUUCUAUGGCUGUUCAAAAAUAAUCCCCAAAAAAUGGUGAAACGUAAUGAUACGCUUUUAACGCAACAGACCAUUGUAGUGUCCGAAGUACAACAGCAAUUAGACUCGAAAUAUUUACCCAUAGUUAAGACUAUCGCCAUACAAUCCGUUGAUGUUCAAGAUGAAUGGAUGAAAAUCGAUAUUGAAUGGCCGAUAAAACGUUGGUUUGGCAAUCAUGAUCUUAGUCAUCUCAUACAAAUCACCUGUCAGUCAUGUGACAUAGAAUCGAUGGAACAUAUGAUAUCCACCGAUAAAGAUUACAGACCCUUUAUAAUGGUCGAUACACAAAAUCGUAAACGGCAACCGCGUCAAAAACGUGAAAUAAAUUGUACAGAUGGUGUAACCGAAUGUUGUCGUGAACAUUUGUAUAUAUCUUUUGAUGAUAUCGGCUGGGGCGAUUGGAUUAUACAGCCUCGUGGUUAUAAUGCCUAUUUCUGUCGUGGCACCUGUGGCAUGGUGGCGAGUAUUUCAGAGUCUUUAUCGGCCCAUAAUACCAUAUUACAGAAAUUUCUUAAUAAACCCGGUAAACGGCGCAAGAAUCUAGAGUUAGUACCCUGUUGUACUGCCAAACAAUAUUCUUCCCUGCAGUUAGUAUUUAUGGAUAGUAAUAAUACAGCCACACAGAAAACAUUCCCCAAUAUGGUGGUAGAAUCCUGUGGCUGUAGAUAGUUUUUAUUUGUUAUUAAUUUUAAACUUUUAACUUUAAAAUAUUUAUUGCUUAAAUUAAUGCAUUCACUUUCGCAAAACAAAAAUGUUAAAUUUUUCAUAUAUAUCAUAUUCCCUUAAACCCCCUCAAAGACCACCGCCUCCCAUUCUCCUCAUUUAACCAAAAAAACAAAAGUACCGAACAAAAUUAUAAUUAAAUAAUUAUUUAUAAAAUAGUUUUAAAACUAAAUUAAUUAAAGCGACAUUGUUAAAUUAUUAAAUUAUUACUAAAUGAAACAUUUUAUUACUUAAGAACAUUUAUAUUUUAAUAGUUUUUUCUUACAAAAAUCGUUAAUUUGAUAAAUGUGAACAUAUCUUAAACUGCUUUACCAAAAACAAAAUGGGGCAUUAUUUAUAUAUUAAAUACUGCCAUAGGUUUAAAAUAAGUUUUUACUAGUUUUUAAUUAUUUAAAUAAUUUAUAAAUUAUUUGUAUUGUACUUAAGUUCUCCAUGAGAAAUUAGAUUUUCGUUUUUUAGUUUUAUUUGUUGACUAGUGUAAUUUAUUAAGGAUAUUCACCGUCUAUCAAUUUAAACAUUCUAUAAACAUUUAAUAUCUUAAUCUUAAUUACCACAUCUAUUGAAUCUAUAUUAAAUGUUUACAGUUAUAGUUUGUACUAAACUUAUUUUGUCUAGUUAGUGAGUAUCCUAAAUUGUAAAUAUUUAGUUUUUGUUUUAUUUUUUUUUUUUUUAGUUAAUUACUCGGUUACUUGACCUAAUGCAUAUUUAUCUGAAAAUAAUAAUCAUGAUAAAAAUGUUUUAGUUCAAGACAACGAGUAAAUGUGUCAGGUGAUAUUUUUUGUUUUAUUUUUUCCUUUUUAUUUUUUUGUAAAUAUUGUAAGUAGUAAAAUUUUUUUGUAAAAUAUUUCUUAAUUUUUUUUAAGAAAUUUAAAUUUUUUUUAA